AUGUCACUCUCGGCUGGACUGGUGAGUUGCAUACUCUCACAUCACUCCCCUGUUCUCUGAACCCCCACUGACAGUCGUUGUCCUCGCCUACCCCAUCUCUUCUCAGACGCUGACCGAUCUGAACGACUACCUCGCGCCUUCGCAACUGUGCAUCAAACCCGUAGAGAUGGUCGAGGACACCGAUCCGCACGAGGAAGACGCCAGCAAGCUUGCGAAUGAUCCUGCUUCUAAAGCCGAUGUGAGCCGCAGCGUUUCGUCGGACCGAUCGGAACGAGCUGCUGACCAAUCCCGACGAGCGUGCGAAGAUGGAAAUCAUGAUCGAUGCUUCGACGCUUGCCUACUAUGAGAAAGCGAGCAACGGAACCAAAGUCAAGAAACUCAAGAAAGCGGAAAUCACACUCAAUGAUUGUCUUGCCUGCUCGUGAGUCGAGCGAAGACGAGAGCAAACUUUGCUUUCCACCGAGCUGACGUCAUGACUCGAUUCUCAUACAGUGGCUGCAUCACCUCCGCCGAAUCGGUACUCGUCCAAAUGCAAUCCCACCAAGAGGUUGAGCGAACGAUUAAAGAGAGACCUGUGAGUCACCACACGCUCCCAUUCUUCUUUGGGCCGAAAUUGACAAAGUCGAAUUCUCCGUGUGCAGGACCUUACUCCGAUCAUGUCCAUCUCGCCACAAAGCAUCGCCAGUCUGGCGGCCUUGCAUGACUUGUCGCUAGAAGAUACUAUCAAAGGUUUACGUCUGUACUUCAAGCGACAGCUCGGCUUCCGGUGAGUCUAUGACCAGAACGUGUACACACGAUCGCCACCCUGACCAAUACCAUCCGACCGCGUCGACCAGCCUCGUCUUCGAUACCACAUUCGCCCGCUCCGUCUCGCUCCUCGAGAACCGUCUCGAAUUCCUCGAACGUCGAACCCACGCCGAACAGAACCCCGCCAAGCCCUCCCCCUCCGUACUCGCCACUUCUACAAAUUCGCCAACCUCUUCCUCGACAGGUCCAUUACCGAUCCUCAGUUCGGCAUGUCCUGGAUGGAUUUGCUAUGCCGAAAAGACGCACGGAGAGUUGUUGCCUUUUGUCAGCAACGUCAAGAGUCCACAGGCGAUGAUGGGGACUUUGGUCAAGGGUGGGAGAGUGGCGAAGAGAUUGGGACUUGGGUGAGCGAUUAUUCUGCUGCUGGGUAGGAUUGUCGGAAUCCAUGCUGAUUGUUGAGUACAGGCCGGACCAGAUUUACCAUGUUAGCGUCAUGCCCUGCUACGACAAGAAACUCGAAGCCUCCCGACCCGACUUUGCGACACCUUUCAUCCUCGACCCUUCGUCGUCGUCGGCCAAAGCCCCAACUUCUCCCGUUCGUGACGUCGAUUGUGUACUUACGACGGGAGAGGUCAACACGAUGAUCACCGCCUCUGGGACGAACUUGAGCCGAUUGGCGAAGGAAUCGGCUGACUCGGGAGCAUCAGAAUCCGAGUACUUCCCUUCGACCCUUUUGUCGCCUCGCUCGAGCGAUCCAUCGACCUCCACCUCCUCGGGUGGUUAUUUCCAAAACGCCAUCCUCGCCAUCCUGUCGAACCUUCCUCCAGAAACCUAUCCCGAACUCCACGUCGACCUCAAACGAUUACGCAACGACAACUCGGUCCAAUCGACGCUCUACCGCAAAGAUCGAGUGCUCGUCAAAGUGGCCAAAUCGUACGGUUUGCAUAACCUUCAUACGAUCGUCAAGAAAUUGGGACGAGAGUUCGGUAUCUCGGUUAGUGCAGGAGCGGCGGGGAGAGCUCCUCCUUCGAUGAGGGGUGGAAGUGGGUAUGGGAGUAAGACCAAGGUCGGGGUAGGGAAGGAGAAGGAAAGGGACGUCGAGUUCAUUGAGGUCAUGGCUUGUCCGAGUGGGUGCCUCAAUGGGGGUGGACAGAUCCCGACGCCGUCCAACUCGGCUGCUGCGAGGAGGUGGGAAGUUGAUCAGGAAGGGAUGCCGGACGUUGCGUUGACGCAGAUGAAAGAGGAGGAAAGAGAUGGGAUGGAUUUGGAUGGGGGAGGGGAAGAUCGUAAGGUGUUGAGCUCCGUCGAAUGGGUCAACAAGGUCGAGCAGAAAUAUUGGAGCGUGUCCAGCAUGUCACCACCCGCACCACCAAGUGACAAGGAAGCGAAUUUGGAUCCGAGUAUAGUGCCGUACAUCCGACAUCUUCGAGACCUUCAGGAGGAAGAAAAGGAAGUGAGAGCUUGCUUGGAGGAACUGGUUGAAGGCGGAGGGAGUGAGCGGAGGAAGGAGCUGCUGAGGACGAGUUAUCGCGCUUUGGAGAAGGAGGAGACGAAUGGGUUGGCGGUGGUGUGGUAG